AUGGAUGAGGAGUCCACUGCACAGAAUUUUUUGAAUGCUGCAAAGGAGGUGAUAUAUCUUCUAGGCAGGUGGCAAAGGGUGCAGGAAAAACAAGGAAAAGGUUUGAUGGAGCCUUUACAACAAGCUUAUAAGUUGGAUAGUUACAGGAGAAGAUUAGGCUUGGAAACUGCAUUAUGCAAUGUUUCAGGCAAAAUAUGGGCCUUUGUGGAUGCUGAAUAUGAAAUAAAUGUGCUUGUAGAUAGUGUCCAACAAAUGACAUUGAAGUUGUCCAACUCCAACAAUAGCACAAAAAUGAUUGUUACACUGGUGUAUGCCAAAUGUGACAGGAUUGAAAGAAGAGAACUGUGGGAAUCCUUGUAUCACUUAGGAUCAGACUUGACAUUACCUUGGCUUGUGGGAGGUGAUUUUAAUGUCAUUAUUGAUGAAGAAGAGAAAUAUGGGGGUCUGCCAGUGACACUGAAUGAAGUAGAAGAUUUUAGGCAUUACAUUCAAUCAUACAAUCUCUCAGACCUGGGCUAUAAAGGUAGUAUUUUCACUUGGUGGAAUGGGAGGGGGGAAGAUAAUUGUGUGUUCAAGAGAUUAGACAGGUGUUUAGGCAACUUUGAACUUCAACAGCUAUUUCCAGGAUUAGAGAUCACACAUUUGAUUAAGUUUGGUUCAGAUCAUUCACCACUACUACUUGAAUGCAAACAACAAGUUCAGCAAUUUAAGAAGUCAUUCAAAUUCUUGAAUUUCAGGACUAAACAUGAUACUUUCUUGAAUGUGGUGAAAGAUAAUUGGGAGACUGAUGAUGCUAUUAAAGCUCAUGAAGUAAUUUUUGAAGCCAAUCCAUCAUAUGCCAAUAGGGGAAAACUCAUGAAAGUUCAGUUUGAUAUCCUGAAACAUGUACCAUCCAUGAUUUCAAAAGAACAAAAUGAAGAAUUGGUUGCAAAUCCUACAAAAGAUGAAGUGAAGCAGGCAGUUUUUGGUUUAAAUAGUGAAAGUGCAUGUGGACCUGAUGGAUUCACUGGCCUGUUUUUUCAAAAAUGUUGGGACAUAGUUGGUGAUGACAUAUUUCACAUGGUCUGGGAUUUCUUCAGGGAAUUUGAACUGUCAAGAUACAUAACUCACAUUAACCUUGUUUUAUUACCAAAGAAACAGGAGGUACAAGCUUUUAGUGUCAUGAGGCCUAUAAGUUUGAGCAAUUUUAUAAACAAGGAAUUUUCUAGAGUUGUGCAUGAAAGACUAGUUCAUUUGGUUCCAGAUUUGAUAUCUCAAAAUCAAGCAAUAUUUGUAAGAGGAAAAAGCAUUGUAGAAAACAUUCUAUUAACACAAGAGAUCAUCACUGUUAUCAGACUCAGAACUAAAAAGAGAAAUCAUCAAAUUGUUCCUAAUGUAGUCAUGGAGUUGGACAUGACAAAGACAUAUGAUAGAUUGUCUUGGAUUUUUUAA